AUGGCCCGUCGGAGCGCAACCUCCAGCCUCCCAUUCUCACCAGCAUCAUCAUCUCCAUCUGCUCCAUCAUCUGCUGAACCAUCAGCUUCCGAUGACAUGGGCAGCUCCGAAUUUGGACAUGAGGACCGAUCUUCAAAUUCCUCAAAGCGAGAGAUUGCGAACGCUCGCCGCAGGGAGGGAAGGGCUCGUACAAAGAAAUUGAAGGGGGAAACUCUGGCUCUGGAACGAGCCAGAAAAACUGAUGAGGUCAAACAAGCCAUCAGAACAUUGCACUCGUUUGCUCUUAAUGGAGCUUUUUUCACUGACCAGCAUGCGGACAUGCUCCACGAGUUCUCAACUAUGGAUCUUCCUGCUGAACUUAGUGAAGAUUUGAACGAACUGCUACUCCGUCAAAAACUUCUAGAAAGAAUCGCUGGAGGAGUCGUAGCAAUGAUGGCUCAACGCCAAACUCCUGAAGAUCUAAAACGUAUUGAGCAAAAAGGAAAGAGAAACGCUCGUCUUGAAGUCGCGGCUCAAUACAUCGAGGUAUUCCGCAAUCAGACAGUUCUUGGGAAUUGUUUUACAGAAUAUCAAAAACAGAAUAUUAGUGAGAUCAGUCUUAUGCCCGAUCUUCCUCAACAUCAAAAAGAGGAACUCAAGCAGAUCGCGAAACAUCAAGAACAAGUUGAAGUCGAAAGAAAGAAGAAGGCUGAAGCAGAAGGAAAGAAGAAGGCUGAAGCAGAGGCUCGACGUAGAGAACGUGAGGAACGCGGUCGGAAAGCAAAGGAAGAUACGCAACUCGACACAUUGAAGCAUUCCAUAAUUAUAAAAUGUGUGGAAAUCUCUUCACUCAGGAUCAAAAGCAAAAAUCUGGGAGAUCCUCAUGCCAGAUCUACCUCAACAUCUAAAAGAGGAAAUCAAGCAGAUCGUGGAACAUCAAGCACAAGUCGAGCUGAUGAAGAUGAGAGCAGUGACACCAAUGUCAGCGAUGCCACUCACACCUAUGACACCAAUGCCGGGAAUGCCUCAUGGAAGGGAACACUUGCUUUUUCCCAAACACCGCUUCCACCAGCUAUUGCUCUUCCAACACCAAGACUUGCUAUUCAAGCAGCUCAGCCAGCUCCGUCGGCAUCGGUAAGUGUAUUUUCUGUAAAGAAACGUGUUGAACUUGAGCUCUGGCCAACCAAUGGGUACAGUGAGAAGAAGAAUCAUCGCGAUCCAAUGUUUUUUACAGUUGAAGAAACUGCUAAUGGUGAGAGAAUUGAGAGAAUACUUCAUCAAAGAACAAUUGUUUCAGUUCGGCAUGUGGUUUGCUCAAUGCGCAAUCGAUUAAUGUGCGACGACGUUACCAGUUUGUGGGCACUCCGCAUCGAAGAUCAUUGUGUCAAACAGUUCCAUUCCGAAGAGCAGCUUGCCGUCGUUCGGCAGUUUGUGGGACAACAACGCGUCAUAAUGUUCUAUGACGACGAAAUUGCCGGAAGAAUUCCCCAACGCGAUGCCUACGUGGUUCACUCUAACUUCAAAUCUCACACCGGCCCUUAA